UCAGAGGAGGACUGAGAAUGUAUGGAGUGAAAAUGAUGGGUUUUUAAAGGUAAUAUACAGUAAUAAAUAAUGCCUACCCUUUAAAAUUAAGUCAUUAUUUGAAUGGGGCAGGAUUUAACAGCAUAAGAAAUGAACAUUCUAAAAAUGUACUUGUUUGAUUUUGCAGGUUCCCUGUAGUUAAGCAGGCUUAGGUGAUUUGGCCUGUGUGCUCUUACUGCUGCCUCUUGUACUGUGAGGGAAGCUCAGGCAAGCCCUGAAGUUGCAGCAUGGCAAGGAUAUGGUCACUUCCCCAAGAGAUUGCAGUGACAUAUGAUGAUGUGCAUGUGAACUUUACUUGGGAAGAGUGGACUUUGUUGGAACCUUCCCAGAAGAGCCUCUACAAAGAUGUGAUGCUGGAGACCUAUAGGAACCUCAUUGCCAUAGACUAUAACUGGGAAGAUCACAGUAAUAUUGAAGAGCAUUGUGAAAAUCCUACUGUAGAGAAACUCUCUGGAUAUAUCCAAUGUGUUAAAGGCUACUUAUAUCACAGGCAUCUUCAAAGUGAUGGACUAGUUAAUACUGGAGAGAAACCCUAUGACUAUAACCAAUGUGCUAAAGCAUUUAGACAGCACAGUCAUCUCCAAAUGCAUAAAAGAACACGUACUAGAAAGAGACCCUACGAAUGUAACCAAUGUGGCAAAGCCUUUCCAUGUCACAGCGAUCUUCAAAGACAUAAAAGAACACAUACUGGAGAGAAACUCUAUGAAUGUAACCAAUGUGGCAAAGCCUUCGCUUACCUCAACAAUCUUCAUACACAUAAAAGAACACAUACUGGAGAGAAACCCUAUGAAUGUAACCAAUGUGGUAAAGCCUUUGCACAACACAGCCAUCUUCAAAGGCAUGAGAGAACACAUACUGGAGAGAAACCCUAUAAAUGUAACCAGUGUGGCAAAGCCUUUGCACAACACAGCCAUCUUCAUAGGCAUAAAAGAACACAUACUGGAGAGAAACCCUAUGAAUGUAACCAAUGUGGCAAAGCCUUUGCACGAUGUAAAUAUCUUACAAGUCAUAAAAGAACACAUACUGGAGAGAAACCCUGA